UACAGACGCCCUGCCACCACGUCAUCCCUGUACAGGAGUGGUCGCCGGUCAUAUUUUGGCCAAUAUUUUGAGUCUUUUUCUGUAAGAAUAUGGGUUGGGCAGAGACUCAGGAAAACCAGGAAAAGAUGCCGUACGAUGCAGAGGGUGCAACCACCAUCCCCUACAUGUACCUACCCAUGCUGCUUCCCCUCAUGUUCUUUUGGCAAGCCGUCGUUCAAAUCUACUGGCUCGUGGUCGUAUACAAAACUUCCUGGAACGACUACAUCCGGGAACUCAGCCCAGUGAUCACCAGCUUCAGUGUAAGCAUCCUCUGUAACGCUGCCUCCACCAUUUUGGAUUUUUAUGGUUUCCCGCUGUCCGCCGGUGUGGCCAAAAUGCUCCCGCCGUUCUUCCUGUGUGCAUGCCUGUUCCUGACGCUGAACAUUGCGGAGAACCACAUGGCUGAGAUGUCCACAGCACACCGCUGGUGCUACCUGCUGCUGGUCGAGAACUGCGAGGGUUUCAGCCUCACGUGGAGUCACGCGGAAACUACCUCCACAGUCAGCACCAUUCUGGUCCGACAUUUCAACGUGGGACUGGACACAGUGGUUUCUAUACACCAGACACAACUAGCUGUCUGCGUCAUUUUUAUGUACUCUGUCGAACUGAUCUUCCACCGCAUAUUUCGAUGGGUGGUAGCCUCGCAUAUACCCAUCCUUUUAUGGGCAUUCACUUUGCAUAAUCUCGCGAUGAUUGGGGACGUGACUGUAUGGCUUCUCGUUGUUGCAAGCGGAAUCUUCGUAGCCAAUAAGAUUGUGGCAUUGGCGUGUAGCAAACAGGAUCAAGGUAAAUCAACAGAAACCAUAAUAAGCCCUUUUUGGCAUGUGAAAAUUAUCUAAUGUAGGGCCAAGAACAUUGCUGGUACUUAUAGGCUUGUUAUAAUAUCCAAAUAUUAAUUCAUGUCAUUGUAAUGUCCAAAUGUUAAUUCACUCAUAGACCAUUCGCUUAUUUGUAAGUUCAUUCACACCCUUAUUCGGUGCUCUGUUGUACCGUCAAACCUGUACAAGUUACCACUCAUACGUAAGAAUCUGCUGGGCAAUUUGACCACAAAAUGAUGUUCGUAUUUACAGAAGAAUUAAGAAUCCUGUCUGUAAUUACCACUUGUCUGCACACAUCAGAUUUUAUGGUUCCCUUUGGUAAAAUGUACGCAACAACCAUUUUCCCAGCU